CCUGCUUUUUUCAGCCCUCCUCAUCUCUCUCUCUCUCUCUAAAGAGACUCUCUGUCUUUCUCUCUCUAACACAGAGGCCAACAACAAAUACGAAGAGAGAAGAAACAUGGAAACUCCACGCACCCCCCCCUCCCUAUCAAAAAACAAAGGAAGAGUCCACACCACCCAACUCUCUCUCUCUCUCUCUUUCUUCAAUGGCCCAGCUGGACCAAAAUUUAUGUGGAAGGAAAAACAAAAAAGAAAGAAAGAAAGAAUGGGAAAGAAAAGAAAGAGAAGAUAGAUAGAUAGAUGUUUUCAAUUGUCCUCCAACCAAACCUAUCUCACAGGGUCACAGGGUCACAGCCUCGCUUACUCUCUCUCUCUCUCAUAAAAACAUGUUGCCAACAAUACCCUUCUGCAACCCCCCAAAAAAUCCCCAUCUUCAUCACUGUCUCUCAAAAGAACAUUAUUUUUCACCGAGUUAUGUGGGCUUUUUUGGGUUUCUUUGUCUCGGUCAGAGUUUCACAGAGAAAACAGGGAAAGCAAGAACCUUCUUACCUCUUCCCUUCUCUAUCUCUCUUUUCCUAUUUGUCUUUCUUGUUUCUUUCUCUCUAUUCUGUCUCUCUAGCCUCCUCUCUUUCAUUAUUUCUUACCCAUCUCUCUUUCUUUUUCAUUACCCAUCUCUCUGUCCCUCUCCCUCUAUUUCUCUCUCUGUAAUUGUUGGUUCCUGGCUUUUGCGUUCUGUUUUUCUGUGAUCUGAUGAAGAAGAUGAAAGGGGUUGUUGCUAUGGAGUCUUCUCCAUAUGCUUUGUAUAAGGACCCAAGGAACGGGUUCAAGCAUCAAAGUCUUUUGCAAGACUUUGAAGAGCUACAAAAGGAAACAGAGGCCAUGAAGAAGAAACUGCAGAUGAUGAAACACAAAAAAAUUACCCUCUCAGGGGAAGUCAGCUUUUUGAAGAAACGAUACAAAUACUUGAUGGCGAACCGGUCUUCCAACCCGCAACCAAAGCAAGACUUUGUGCAUCCAAAGAAGUUUGAUAUUCGAAAUACUAGUGCUGCAAAGGGAAAGAGUUACAGUAAAAAAGAAGCUGCAUUACGACCCCCUGUUCCAGUUUCUGAUUUAAACAGAAAGGAAAGGAUUUACAAUGGAACAGAAACCGCCUUGAGGAAACCUGCUCCGGUCUUCGACUUAAACCAGAAGGCUAGGACUUUUAAUGGAAAGGAAGCUGCUUUGCAAACUUCUGCUCCAAUAUCUGACCUGACCCAGAAGGAAAGGAUCUACAGUGGAAAAGAUGCCACUAAGCGAAACACUACUCCGGUCUUCGACUUGAACCAGAUUUCGAGAGAGGAGGAGGAGUUGCAGGCUGAUUGUGAGCUAUCGAAAACAGAGGAGCCUAAGAAAAGUUUACUCAGAGGUGGAAGUGAUGAGCAGCACAAUGAUAUGAAAUUAUCCAUUUGUAGGAAUAUCGGGAAUGGGCCAAGUCGAGCAGGGAAAAGGAAGAUUUCAUGGCAGGAUCAGGUGGCUUUAAGAGUUUGAGAUCUUUCUUCAAUUGCUAUUGAAGAUCCUAUAUUUUGGUGGGGUAAAAAUGGUUGCCUCACCUUGUCAUGUUGUUGAUGUUUCCUCUUGUAUCCCUCCAAUGUAAAACGUAGAAGUAGUCAUAUAUAGUGAAUAUAUAGAUGAAACGAUAGAAUUGAUGAUCAGGAAUCAAAUGUGUUGACAUACACCUCAUUAGUUUUUAUAAAUGCCCGGAGAAGUAAACUAGAAGUAAAUUUGGAAUUUUGCCUUU